GUAUCAAUUUGUUUAUAUUUGUUUUCAUGGCAAAUGUUGAAAUAAACAAAUUCGCAGCAUGUUAAAGCAGUGUCUAGUCAAUGUGGACUUCUCGCGACUGCAUGUUAAUCCGCAACUGCGCCCAAAAUGUGGCGAAAUAUUCUACGAAAGCGAAAACGAAUUCUGUAGUUUCCAGCUGGUUUGCUGUCUCUGCGAAAUGAAACAUUUUGCAUUUGAUGACUUCUCGAUGCACAUACGCAACGUACAUUUCGACAAGCAGGGCAAACCGCGUACGCAGGUCAAGGCCGAUAGAAGUGACGCAUGUCAACAGUUGCCCCCUUUAAAUGCAACAGCAUAUGCAGGCGACGAUGAACGGAACGAGGGAUCAGAUGAGGAUGACAACGACGGCGAUGCAUUGCGAGUCUGUUCGUUCGACGAGGUCAAGCUGAAAACAGUGCAAUUGGAAAGCAACAAAAAUGGGCGGACCGAGGAAAGCUGCCAUAGUGCAGACGAGCUGGAUGCACCCACAGCAAGGGUCCCGAGCUUCACUGAUGUCGAUGAUGAUGAGGAGGCAACUGAUAGUGAAACGGAAGCGCAAUCUGUAUUUAAGAAACAACCCGAGCCCAAGGAGUACCCAUGCAAAUACUGCAGGGGCAAAUACACGACUCAGAAGUACCUAAAUAUGCAUGUUAAGGUGAGGCAUCCGCACCCGAACGGCUUCAAGUGCACCGAUUGUGAUGCCACUUUCGACGUGCAACGCGCCAUGUUAUCGCAUCGUCGCAAGGAACACACCGAGUUUCCGUGCAACGUGUGCGGCAAGGUGUACAAAAGCUCACGCACUCUUCUACGCCAUGUGCAGGCCCACUCGGGUCUGCGACAAUUCAAAUGCGAGCAUGAGAGUUGCGGCAAGUCAUUUGUCAGCCAGCACAAUUUGACGUCGCAUCGUCGCGUCCACAGCACUGAGCGCAACUACGUGUGUGAGCUAUGCGGCUACCGCUCGCGCUACCGCGAUGCACUAAUUGUGCAUCGGCGCACGCACACGGGCGAGAAGCCGUUCAAGUGUCAGACUUGCGCGCGCUGUUUCGCAUCGAAGUCGCUGCUCAACGAGCACCAGGCCAUGCACUCCACGGAGCGGCCGUACAAGUGCGACCAUUGUGAGGCUGCCUUCUCACGCCCCAAGGCUCUCUACCAUCACAAACAUCUGCAUUUGGGCGUCAAGAAGUUCAAGUGCAAGAUCUGUGGCAAUGCUUACGCCCAGGCAGCGGGGCUGUCCGCCCAUAUGCGUGGCCACAAAGCGCAGGCCAUCAAUGGCAUUGUUGAUAGCGGCUCAGCUAUAGCCUGCCCACCCCAUCUUUGAGCAUCCC